UCACUGGCGACCGCCAGACACAGGCUCACAGCUCGACUCCCGGCAGAGGCCGCUCGCACCGGCCCGGAACCACCUCCGGCUGCGGCCGCGGCCGCCCGUGCGGGAUGAGGAGACCCGCAGGCGCCGCGGGGCCCCAUGGAGCAGCCAUCGGUCCGCCCGCCCGUGAGCACGGCCUUGUUGGUCAGCCCACACCCCGAAGCCCCCUCCGCGGCCGGCGCGCCUGGCGGGACGUCCUCCGCGACAACAUCAGCGGCCGUGGUCUCCAUCAGCACCGUGGUGGCCGCGGCUCUGGGGAACCGGAGCUUCGGGAGCGGAGGCGACGGCACUGGCGCCUGGGCUGGCGGCGGGCCGCGGGCGGCGGGGGCGGUGGGGAGGCCGCCGCUCGGGCCGGAGGCGGCGCCGCUGCUGUCGCACGGGGCGGCGGUGGCGGCGCAGGCGCUCGUCCUCCUGCUUAUCUUCCUGCUGUCUAGCCUGGGCAACUGCGCGGUGCUGGGGGCGAUCGUGAAGCACCGGCAGCUCCGUACCGUCACCAACGCCUUCAUCCUGUCUCUGUCCCUGUCGGAUCUGCUCACCGCGCUGCUCUGCCUGCCCGCCGCCUUCCUGGACCUCUUCACGCCGCCCGGGGGCUCUGCGGCCGCCGCCGCUACGGCGCCCUGGCGCGGCUUCUGCGCUGCCAGCCGCUUCUUCAGCUCGUGCUUCGGCAUCGUGUCCACGCUCAGCGUGGCGCUCAUCUCGCUGGACCGCUACUGCGCCAUCGUGCGGCCGCCGCGGGAGAAGAUCGGUCGCCGCCGUGCGCUGCAGCUGCUGGCGGGCGCCUGGGUGGCGGCGCUGGGCUUCUCCACGCCCUGGGAGUUGCUCCGGGCGCCCCGGCAGCCCCCGGCCGCACAGAGCUUCCACGGCUGCUUGUAUCGGACGUCCCCGGACCCCGCGCAGCUGGGCGCGGCCUACAGCGUGGGGCUGGUGGUGGCCUGCUACCUGCUGCCCUUCCUGCUCAUGUGCUUCUGGCACUACCACAUCUGCAAGGCCGUGCGCCUGUCCGACGUGCGCGUGCGGCCUCUGACCACCUAUGCGCGCGUGCUGCGCUUAUUCAGUGAGGUGCGCACAGCCACCACCGUGCUCGUUAUGAUCGUCUUCGUCAUCUGCUGCUGGGGGCCCUACUGCUUCCUGGUGCUGCUGGCCUCGGCCCGGCAGGCCCAGGCCACGCAGGCCCCCUCGCUCCUCAACGUGCUGGCAGUCUGGCUCACCUGGGCCAAUGGGGCCAUCAAUCCUGUUAUCUAUGCCAUUCGCAACCGCAACAUUUCGAUGAUCCUGGGGCGCAACCGGGAAGAGGGCUACCGGACUAGGAAUGUGGACACUUUCCUGCGCAACCAGGGCUUGGGUCUGCAGGCCAGAUACUACAGUCGCCUUCGAAACCGCUAUACCAACCGGUUGGGGGCCUGCAGCUGGAUGUCCUCUUCCAACCCGGCCAGUGGGGUGGGAGGGGACGUGGCCAUGUGGGCCCGAAAAAAUCCAGUUUUGCUUUUCUGCCGGGAGGGGCCACCAGAGCCUGUAAGGGCAGCGGCCAAACAGCCUAAAUCUGAACCAGGGGAUACCAGCCUCUAAGAAGGGAUGCAAGGCUUGUGAAGGCAAAUUUGCAUCUGCUUCGUUUAAUGAUACAGGAUUAUGGGGAGAAUUGUGUAUUUCAAAAGCCAAACAUUUUUUAAAAGACACAGGGAGAGGCUUACCAUUCCCCCCAAACAUACAAGACAAUGUCCCCUUCUUGAAAAGUGCCAAAAAGAAUGUAAAUGCAAAAAUUAAAACAAUCUCAAACCACACAACCAAGCAUCAUGAAAACUGUACAUGCCAAGAAUGACAAAAGAUUCACAAUUACCGAAAAGCUCAUGUUACAGCAAUCACACUGUGAAACAAGCAAACAGUUCAUUUAAUACAAUCAGUAUUUGUUCAAAUACGUAGUUUCAGGAAAGAAUGGAGACCCUCAGAAUUGCUUGAAGUCCCUGCUAAAUCACCAGCAUUCAACAGAACUUCAGAUUUUUAGAACUUGCACCUCUGACACAGCUUUGGGUGCUUAGAUUGGGAGCAAGAAAUUCUCAUCUUUACAUACUUUGGUGCAAGUUCUUGCCAUCCCCCCGCCUCACCAUUAAUCUUUGUGAGAUUAUAAUUUUUAAUUCAUAUCCCAUUUAAGACCUCUUUAAGGAUUUUGAAAAGGUGGCUUAUCACCAUAAAAUUUAACCUUUCAAAGGGCAAAGAAAAGGGUGAACAUAAAUAUGGCUCUUCAAAAAGUACUCCAAGAGUAUACUUAAAAAUUAAUGACCUUCAGCCUACCCCCAAAAUUAUCGCUUUGGGAAGCUUUGAGGUUUUACCCUUACUCUGACCUGCUACUUUUGCUUCUAAUAAUUUUGAGGUUGCCACACUCAAAAGGUUUCCACAUUAAAAAAAAAAAUAACUUGAAUAGUGGAAAAUCUUUGCUUUUUUGAGGUAAAUUUGAUUUUUGGAUGCAGCCAAAAAUGUAAUUUGAAGUCAUGUUGAUUGAAUCAGACAAAUAAUGCCAUAUGUUAUAUAUAUAUAUGUGUGUGUAUGUGUGUGUGUGUGUGUGUGUGUGUGUGUUUGUAAAUGAGAGCUCUAUAAAGUAGCAAGAUUGGCUUUCCUAUGUGGCAAACUAACUGAAGAUGUUUCAAAAGAGGAAUUCUAAAACAUUUUGAGAAGUGACUGUAUUCUUGGAAUAAGCAUAGAGCUUUCCAAGUGGAUCGUACUCUCCUACAUUUGACAUUUGGGUACAUUUAUGUAAAAAAAAUCAUUGAUUUUAUAGACAUGACUUGUGUAAAAUAAUGUGGUCUUCAUUAGACUGGGAGAAUAGGUGUGGGGUUAUUAUAUUUAGUAGGGUAUUAAUAAUUUAGGCAUAAAGUUAACUACUCCAAUCAAGUUGGAAAUGUCUUCAGAAAUGUGCAAAAAAAGAUGCAUUUUAAAAUUCACAAAUACAAUUCAGGAUUUGUGUGUGUGGACUUUCUCAUGUAAAAUACCACUGUAUAUAAUCAUUUGAUCAGAAUUUUAGAAGAUGUUUUUGUCAUUUUCUCCCUUUCCUUUCCUCCAUCUUGCCCUUCCUGUCUUCAGUAUUUCACAGCCUAAUGAAUAAGUACUUUAAACUAGAUAUGAAACAUCAGUUAUCAUAUAAAGAUUUCAGUGUGAAGUAACCACCUUUUUUUUCUUGUUAACUAUUUAAAGAUGUUUAUUGCUAUUUAAAUUUGUGUGUGAUAGUUGGGUAUAUGUCAUCAUUUUGUAAUCAAAGAUGGAAACACAUGAUUUGUGUCAGAGCUAGAGAUUUAAAAAAUUUUUCCCCUUCCCAAGGCAUCAUCACAAUCAGUUCAUACAUUAUCUGUGUAUAUCUUGCUACACUCAAUGUAGUACAAAAGAGAUGAGAUAAUCUCUCCUCUUUAGCACUUUUUAUAAAACAUGUACAGACUUAAUGCAGCUGAACUAACAGUUAACAGACAUCUACAGUAUUUGCUUAUUAAAAUGUGUAAUUUUUGGCAUUGUGAGAAAACAGGAGUUAUGUCUGGGAAUUUAGGGUGAAGUGAUAAAGUCUCCCAGUUAUGAAAGAUAUCAUAGAAUAGGAAUUUGGGAACUCUGAGUAAAGACAGAAAGCGAGUUCGAGAGCUUAGGGGAAGCAGGCAAGUGUGUUGCAAAAUAAGCUAUUGCCUGAGAAGAAUCA